CAGGGAGCGCGGCGCGCGGCCACGUGACAUCACGGGCGCCUUAAAGGGGCCGCUCCGCUCCGCCCCACCCCGCGCGUCCCCGGGGAGAGCCCGCAGGCCGUGCCGUGCCGUGCCGUGCCGUGCCGUGCCGUGCCGUGCCGUGCCGUGCCGUGCCGUGCCGUGCCGUGCCUGCCAGGUGCAGCCCAGACUUUGUCCCCGCGGCGCUGCAGCACCGUCCGCGGCUCCCGGAGAUGUCGCCCGGCUGAGUCCUCGCCCGCUCCGCACGGAACGGCAACUUCUGCAACGUGCCCUGGAUCUUCAGAGUAUUUCUGGUGCUUAUUCACACCAACCUUGGAGUUGAUUGGAAGUUUUAUGAGCAUCACCCCCUCAACAGCCGUCACCUCGGGCUGCGAUGGGGUGGUUGUGGCUGUUGCUGGUUUCCGUCCGCGUGCUGUCGCCCACGUCUGCCGGAGGUGUCACCCGCGUCUAUUACCUGGGGAUCCGCGAGCUGGCCUGGAACUACGCGCCAACGGGGAGGAACGUCCUCGCCAACCAGAGCAUCGCACACAACACCAAGGCCUCAACAUUCCUGCAGCCUGGCAAAGACAGGGUGGGAAGCACGUACAAGAAGUCUGUCUAUAAGCAAUACACAGACUCCACGUACACCACCGAGAUUCCCAAACCCGGCUGGCUGGGGUUCCUUGGGCCCAUCAUCCGAGCAGAAGUGGGAGAUACCAUUAAAGUACACCUAAAAAAUUUUGCUAGUCGACCAUAUACAGUCCAUCCUCAUGGUGUGUUCUACGAAAAGGACUCUGAAGGAUCCCUGUAUCCCGAUAUGUCCCCUCAGGAUCAGAAGAAGGAUGAUGCUGUUUUCCCAGGAGGGAAUUACACCUACACUUGGACUGUGCCUGAAGAUCACAGCCCAACUGCUGAUGACCCAAACUGCUUGACCUGGAUCUACCACUCUCAUAUCGAUGCACCGAAGGACAUUGCAUCGGGAUUAAUUGGGCCAUUACUUACAUGCAAAAAAGGAAUACUGACUGGAAGCUCUCAGAGGCGCCAGGAUGUGGACAUUGAUUUCUUUCUGAUGUUCAGUGUGGUGGACGAGAACCUGAGCUGGUACCUGGAUGAGAACAUUGCAUCGUUCUGCACAGAUCCAGGCUCCGUAGACAAAGAAGAUGAGGAAUUCCAAGAGAGCAACAAAAUGCACGCUAUUAAUGGUUAUGUGUUUGGGAACCUCCCUGAGGUGACGAUGUGUGCUGGGGAUUAUGUUUCAUGGCACCUCUUUGGGAUGGGCAAUGAAAUGGAUGUUCAUACAGCCUACUUCCAUGGAGAAACGCUCAGUAUUCGCGGCCACAGGACAGAUGUGGCCAGCCUCUUCCCAGCCACCUUUGUGACGGCAGACAUGAUCCCCAGCAGCCCCGGGAGGUGGCUGCUGAGCUGUCAGGUCAACGAUCACAUACAAGCUGGGAUGGCAGCGCUCUAUGAAGUCCGGCCCUGUUCUCGGCAAGCUCCGGCACCCAGGCUGGCGGGGAGAGUUCGGCAAUACUACAUAGCGGCCAAGGAGGUGCAGUGGGACUACGGACCUUCGGGGCUGGACCCGAGCAGCGGGAAGCGGCUGAGUGAGGCGGGCAGCCCUGCAGAGCAGUUUUUCAAGCAUAGCCCCUACCGAAUUGGAGGAGUCUAUUGGAAGGCGAAGUAUAUAGAAUAUACAGACGGAAGCUUCCGUGAGGAAAAGCAGCGAUCAGAAGAAGAGAAACACCUUGGGAUACUCGGUCCAGUGAUCAAAGCUGAAGUUGGAGACACCAUCCUGGUGACGUUUGUUAACAAAGCCUCCUGGCCUUUCAGCAUCCAGCCUCAUGGAGUGUCCUAUGGGAAAGCAUGGGAAGGGAUGCGAUACCACGAUGGUCUGUCCCGGAACGGGGUGUCUGUGGCGCCACUGCACAACUUCACGUACCGCUGGGCCGUGCCGGAGCGCGUUGGGCCCGGCCCCAGCGACCCUCCCUGCCUGACCUGGAUGUACAGCUCGGCCGUGGACCCCGUCAGGGACCCCAGCUCAGGCUUGGUGGGGCCUCUGCUCAUCUGCAGGCCGGGCACGUUGGAUGACAACAACAAACAGAAAGGAAUCGACAAAGAGUUUUACCUUCUCUUCAGUGUGUUUGACGAGAACCUCAGCUGGUACUUGAAUGCAAACAUAAAGUACUAUCUGAAGAUGGAAGAGACUUUUGUAAAGAAGGACGAUGGCUUUGAGGAGUCGAACAGGAUGCACGCCAUCAACGGACUGAUGUUUGGUAACUUGCCUGGGCUGAAUGUUUGUGAAGGAGACAACGUGUCCUGGCACCUUCUGGGCUUGGGCAGCGAGGCGGAUGUGCACGGAGCUGUGUUUCAGGGAAACACCCUGCAGGUUAAUGGGAUGCGGCGGGAUUCCACCAAUCUGUUUCCCCACACGUUUGCUACCGCCUUCAUGCGGCCCGACAACUGCGGGAUUUUUGAGAUCUACUGCCAGACCAGCAAUCAUUACCAGGCUGGCAUGAGGGAACGCUACUCCGUUUCUAAGUGUGGAAAAAGGGAUCCUGCCCCUGCCCCUCAGUACAAAGGGGUGCGGACGUACUACAUCGUGGCCGAGGAGGUGGAGUGGGACUACGCGCCUGACCGGAGCUGGGAGAGGGAGCGGCACAACGGUUCCGUGGAGAGCUACGCCGACGUAUUUCUGAGCAACGAGAACGGACUGCUUGGCUCCAGGUACAAGAAAGCAGUUUACAGGGAGUACACUGACGGGACUUUCCAGACCCCCAAGGUCAGGACAGACGGUGCUGAACACCUUGGGAUCCUAGGUCCUUUCCUGUGGGCGGAAGUGGGAGAUAUUCUCAACAUCGUGUUUAAGAACAACGCCAGCCGGCCCUACUCCAUCCACGCGCACGGGGUGCUGGAGAGGGAGACGGGACCGGUGCCAGCAGCGAACCCAGGGGACAUUUUGACGUACCAGUGGGAGGUUCCUGAGAGAUCUGGUCCGGGGCCAAAUGAUUCAGCCUGUGUUCCUUGGAUCUACUACUCCACGGUGGACCCGGUGAAGGAUGUGUACAGCGGGCUGAUCGGGCCGCUCAAGAUCUGCCGGAGAGGGGCCCUGCGGGCUGACGGGCUCGGCAGGGACGUGAGGAGGGAGUUCGCUCUGCUGUUCCUGGUGUUUGAUGAAAACCAGUCCUGGUACUUGGAGGAGAAUGUGGAACGUUACACUAAGGGAAGUCACAAGGAGAUCAACCUGCUGGAUGACAAAUUUCUGGAAAGCAACAAAAUGCACGCCAUCAAUGGGAGGCUCUAUUCCAACCUGCCUGGGCUGACCAUGUUCCAGGGCGAACGGGUGAACUGGUACCUGCUGGGAAUGGGUCAGGAGAUUGAUGUCCACACAGUCCAUUUUCAUGCCGAGACCUUCAUAUACAAGAAUGGCAAAAGCUACCGAGCAGAUGUUGUGGAUCUGUUCCCUGGGACCUUUGAGAUGGUGGAGAUGCUGGUCGGGAACCCCGGGACGUGGCUGCUCCACUGCCACGUGUCUGACCACAUCCACGCUGGCAUGGAGACGCUUUUCACCGUCCUGCCCAGACCAGAGCCAGUGCUUUUGGUGGUGAACGCCAGCACAGAGUUGCCACCUGAGGAUACAGAUGAGUCCCAGAAGAUCAGGCUUUUUGGAUCCAAGCUGGCUCAAGGGCAGGUGGAGGCCACCAUCAUCACGCUGGCCAUCGCGGGCCUGGUGCUCUUCCUGGUCGCCUGCUUCCUCCUGGGAGCGGUCGUCUAUCUGGAGCGACAGAAGAGGCUGAGGCGCAAUCGAAGGUCCAUCCUGGACGAUGGAUUCAAAUUGAUGUCUAAAAAGAACUCGGCGCUAUAAAAGCCACAUACAAACUUCAGGCUGUGCGCUUGGGGCAAGGCUGGAUCAUUGUCCACAGCAAGGAUUUUGGGGCGUCAUUUAAGUCGUACACUGUACUUCUAGAAGCCGAGGGGGGAAAGCUGGAGCCCUGACCUCUUCAUGUAUUCUCCUCAGCACUCCGGAAAGAAAAGGUCUGUCCAGGAGAGACCCAAGGACCCUUUGAACCGACUGAAGAUGUGUAACAAAGUGUCCUUCUAGAAUACUGUUCUCCCCUGAGGAAGGGUGGAGACAUUUCCCCUGUUUUCUUCUCUCCAGAAUGACUCCACUUGGCCCUUCCCAGCAGACACGCGUAGGCCAAAUUCCUGUCUUGCUCCAUUGCCAGAGCUGAGCUGGGAAUUGUCUCACAAGGAGCUGUGAGCCUUUAAAUAAUUAGUCUGAAGAGGGGAAGAUAAUUUUUUCAUUUUUGUGAAUCAAUUAAGAAUAUAGAAGAGAAAAUGUUAAUUUAGAUUUGGAUUGCUGUUUUUUGAUGAGUAUUUGGACAGAUGGGCAUCCAGGGUAGUGCAUGUCACGGUGCCCUGGAGCUGUGCCUCGCCACCAGCCUCGCUGCGACACGUCCUCCUGCCCCCGGCACGCCGGGCCACGUGCCUUGGUGACAGGAUCCGUGUCCUGUGUGGGAGCAGCAGCUUCUCCCAGAGCUGCAGAGGGUCCUGGUGACCCCGCACGGCGGUUCUGCCGGGCCGUGCGCCUGGGCUGCGCCUCGGCGCCUCCUGCAGCAGGGACAGGGACGCUGGGCUGUGCUGCGCUGUGGUUUGCUCUCUUGCUUUCAAAUAUAUUGUAUUGAUGUGAUCUCCA